AUGUCCGUGGAGAGCUACAAUGCGCUGGAGACCCUGCAGGGAAUCGUCGGGAAGGGGGGGACCCUGGGUCAGCUGUCGGCGGUCUGUGCGAAAAUGGAAACCCAGCGCGAAAAUAUGUUCCUCCUUCCCGAGCUGUCGCGGGAGAUCAUUGAGAUUCGUGAAGUUGAGGACCGAUCCGACGCAUCUACUGACUUGCUCAAGGAUGAGAUAGGAGUGGUGCCGCAAAUGGACACCUUCUGGCUUCGCGUCAACAAUGUGUCCGUGGACGUGGCCUGCCUCAAGCAGCAGAAAAAGAGGUUGGAGGCGUCCAAUAGCCAGCUCAAGGCGGAACUCCAGGAGUACCUGGUCAACCUGAACAUCGGAAAUGGCUCCAACAGCCACAUACACGACUACCUAUCCAGACGGCCCAAGAGCAUGUCUGUGGAUCGCGUCACGCGUCUCCAGCUCCAGCCCAAGCAGGUGAAGAGCGCCAUGUCCAGUGGCCGCCGUCCGCCCACUCCCACUCCCCCAAUAUCUCGUCCCAGCCGUGGCCGAGAGGCCGCCUUUGAGGCGAACUUCUCCAACGCGGUUUGUUGGAAAUUCAAAUAA